AUGGCUGAGGCCAGUAUUACAAUAGAUCAGGAUGAGUUCAGCUGUCCAGUGUGUCUGGAUCUCCUGAAGGAUCCGGUGACUAUCCCCUGUGGUCACAGUUUCUGUAAGGUGUGUAUUAAUGGCUGCUGGGAUCAGGAGGAUCAGAAGGGUGUCUACAGCUGUCCUCAGUGCAGAGACACUUUCACUCCAAGGCCUGUUCUACACAGAAACAACAUGCUGGCUGAAGUGGUGGAGAAAGUGAAGAAGAAGACUGAAGUCCAAGCUGCUUCUCCUGCUCACUGUUACGCUGGACCUGGAGAUGUGGAGUGUGAUUUCUGCACCGGGAGAAAACACAAAGCUGCCAAGUCUUGUCUGAUGUGUCUGGCCUCUUACUGUGACAUUCAUCUGAAACCUCAUGUUGAACGUCCUGCUUUGAAGAACCAUGUAUUAAUUGAGGCCUCAUCAAAUCUACAAGAGAAGAUCUGCUCUGAACAUAACAAGCUGACUGACAUCUUCUGCCGAACUGAUCAAACCUGCAUCUGUUUUUUGUGUAUGAUGGAUAAACACAAAGGGCAUGACACUGUCACAGCCUCAGCAGAACGAGCUGAGAAACAGAGUAAGUUAAAGGAGGAUCAGAUGAAAUUCCAGCAGAGAAUCCAGGAGAAGCAGAAGAAGGUGCAGGAGCUGAAACAGACUGUGAACACUAUAAAGGUGAGCAGUGAGCAGAGACAGAGCUCAGAGAAGAGUUUCUGA